AUGUCGAUAAGUAUAACUGAAAAAGAAAUUUUAUACGAUAAUCCAUGUGCACCAAUUGUCAAAUUUUCGGAUUCAAUUAAUCUUGAUGACGAUGAUGAUGAUGAAGAAGAUAUGACUGAUGAUCAGACAUCGUCAAAUAUUAAUCAUGAUAAUUUAUUAGAUACUUCUCUCGAACAUUCAUUCAAAGCAAUUUCACUUGAAGAUCUCAUUAAAUCAUUUGAUGAUACAAUUCCUACGUGUUUUCCCGAUCAAGAAGACAUCGAACCUAGUGUAACAAUAGAAUCAGAUCUUCUUACCAGAUCAAAUACAUGGUCAUAUUUAAUUGAAAAUCUUCGUACAUCUUUACGUAAUGAUUUAAAAUUACCACACAUAAGACAAAAUUGUCAAUCGGUUAUGAAUAGUAUUAAUGAAAGAAAUCUUCAGGAAGAUGAAUUUAUAUCAAUUGAUGAUUUAAAUGAAGACGAAGAAGAAGAAUUACGUGAACAUUUAGAUAUGCAUUCAAUUAUUGUUUCAUCUAGUCGUGAACCAUUUGUUACUGCUGAACAAGUUAUUAGUGAAAUCGAUUUCAUGUUACAAGAUAUGACACCAGAUUCAGGUUAUUGUGAUGAUUUAGAUUCAUCUUGUAUGAAAAAUAAAGAAUUCUUUUUAAAAACUCAAUCAAUUAAUUCAUUAAAUCAAUUAUAUGAUGAAUUAAAUGCAUCGAUUGAAAGUUUAUCAAGUAUACUUAUACAGGAAUUAGCGAUGAGAGAAGAACUUGAUUAUGAAAAAGAAACGAAGAAUACAUUUAUUUCACUUGUACUCAAUAUUCAAAAUAAACGCCGACCUUAUCAGAAUGAUAAACGUCAAAAACAUCGUUCUUUAUUUGGCAAUAACAAUUAUGUUGAACCGGGAACGUAUUUAACAACAAUAAUACCAUUCGAUCGUGAUCAUCCAGGUUAUUUAUCAGUUGAACAUUUAGAAAAUUUAAAUAAAAUUCUCCAUGCUAUUGAUGAAGAUAGUGGCCAAGUAACAGAAUUAUUAACCAAUUAUAUUCUCAAAGUUUUAUGUCCUCAUUAA